UCUGGCGACUAAAUCGCGCAAGUUCGCCACCACCGCCACGGCUGUUGUUGCCGAGAGAGCGGGGGGAGAGGGAUAGCGGCGAGAGGCGUCUUGAGUCUCGCCUGGGCACCAUGGAGGCCGAGAUGACGGCUCCGAGGACCCUGCCGGGCAGUCGGAGCGGCGGCUACGGGGCCAUGGACGACACCAGCUGGGGUCGCGGGACGCGCGCAGACGAGGAGGCGGGCGACGUGGUGUCCAUGGCCGACUCGACCGCCACGCUGGAGGACCUGGAGGAGGAGAUGGUCCGCAUCGAGCGCCUCCGCGAGCAGUUGGUGCGGCGCGAGUCGGAGCUCAGAUACAUGAUGGACGACAUGCAGCUGUGUCAGGAGAUCUCCCGUCUCAAGGCGGAGCUCCAGGCAUUCGUCUCCCUGCCAGACGCGGAGCGCACGGGAAGCGUGGUGCGGGCCCAGGAGGAGUCGCUCAUCAGGACGAUCCAGGAGCUGGUGGAGAAGAGGGACUACCUGGUGGACGACGUGGAGCUCGAGAGGCUCAGGGAGCGCGAGGAGGACAAGGAGAUGUCGGAUUUCCUGCAGAAGAAGCUGAGGAAGAAGGAGCGGCCGCUGCGAGCAGACGCGGUGCGGGCGGGUGGCCGCCGGGAGAGCGAGGGGUCCCCGCCGGUAAAGCCGACGCUCGCCAAGACCGGCCUCGCCCUCCUCAAGGACUGCUGCGGACUGGCCUCCUGCUGUGUGCAGUGACCUCUCGUGGGGACAGCGCUCGCGUCGCGAGCGAGAAGGCGUGCGUGUGUGCGGGCGUGUGUGGAUGAGUGAGUGUGAGCGAGUGUGGGUGAGUGUGAGCGAGUGUGAGUGAGUGAGUGUGAGCGAGUGUGGG